CAAUAGUUUAGCAGCAUACAGAUGGGUGGAUUAUUGAUUCAAGAAAAAUGUUGCAACGGGCCAAAUAAUAAAGAGAGUGUAAAGUGAUUUGGGGCAGGACAAGCCAACUUCGACGAUCUGAACACACACUACUGCGCACAGUUCAACGUCUAACAGGAAAUCUGGACCCAUCGGCCACGGUAUGACACACUGUCAGAUGAUGUAAAUAAGCGAGUUCGGGCCAAGCGCAUUUAGUUACUUCACUACGUAUCCACGCUUGCGACGUACAAUUGAUAUUCACUGAACUUACUCAUCGAGGUUUUUACGUCUUCACGUUCCUUCAAGGAACAGGAUUGGACACCAGAACGCAACUGCUGUGAGUCAAGAAUAAGAAGAUGCUGCUACAGGUGGGAGGAAAGCGCUCUGCCCUGGGCCUGUUGGCCAUCAGGAGGGUGUGGAGUAUGACCCGCUCCGCCCAUACCGCACCCCAGACACUGGAAUACAAACCCAUCAAAAAGGUCAUGGUGGCCAACAGAGGAGAGAUUGCCAUCCGGGUGUUCAGGGCCUGCACAGAGCUGGGGAUCCGCACAGUGGCCAUCUACUCUGAGCAGGACACGGGCCAGAUGCACAGACAAAAGGCAGAUGAAGCUUACCUCAUCGGGAAGGGGCUGCCACCUGUAGCAGCCUACCUACAUAUACCAGACAUCAUCAAAGUGGCCAAGGAGAAUGACGUGGAUGCCAUCCACCCAGGUUACGGCUUCCUGUCAGAACGAGCAGAUUUUGCCCAGGCGUGCGUGGAUGCUGGGGUACGUUUUAUCGGCCCCACCCCAGACGUGGUGCGCAAGAUGGGGGACAAAGUUGAGGCCCGUUCCAUUGCCAUCAGUGCAGGUAUACCGGUGGUACCUGGAACAGACGCUCCCAUCUCGUCUUUGCAGGAAGCUCAAGAGUUUUCCAACAGCUAUGGCUUCCCGAUUAUCUUCAAGGCUGCCUAUGGGGGCGGAGGACGUGGAAUGCGAGUGGUCAGGGAGUAUGAGGAACUAGAGGAGAACUAUCAGCGUGCGUACUCUGAGGCCCUGGCAGCCUUUGGCAAUGGAGCUCUGUUUGUGGAAAAGUUCAUUGAGAAACCCAGACACAUCGAGGUGCAGAUCUUGGGCGAUAAAUACGGCAAUGUCAUUCACUUGUACGAGAGGGACUGCUCUAUCCAGAGGAGACACCAGAAGGUGGUGGAGAUCGCACCGGCCACACAGCUGGACCCACACCUCAGAGACAGACUCACUGCUGACUCCGUGAACCUCGCUCGACAGGUCAGUUAUGAGAAUGCAGGCACAGUGGAGUUCCUGGUGGAUAAACACGGUAAACAUUACUUCAUCGAGGUCAACUCCCGUCUGCAGGUGGAGCACACGGUUACUGAGGAGAUCACAGAUGUGGAUCUGGUACACUCUCAGCUGAGAGUGUGUGAAGGUCGCAGCCUGCCAGAGCUGGGCUUGAAACAGGACAAGAUACGGAUCAAUGGCUAUGCCAUCCAGUGCCGUGUGACCACAGAGGACCCGGCACGUGGCUUCCAGCCUGACACGGGAAGACUGGAGGUCUUUCGCAGUGGAGAGGGCAUGGGUAUCAGGCUGGACAGCGCAUCUGCUUUCCAGGGUGCUGUCAUCUCCCCUCAUUACGAUUCCCUCCUGGUGAAAGUCAUCGCCAGUGGAAAGGAUCUGCCGGCGGCCUCUGCCAAAAUGAGCCGAGCUUUAGCAGAGUUCCGUGUCCGGGGGGUCAAGACAAACAUCCCGUUCCUCCAGAACGUGCUGAGUAAUAAUCAGUUCCUGAAUGGGACGGUAGAUACUCAGUUCAUCGAUGAGAAUCCAGAUCUCUUCAACCUCAAACCGGUGCAGAACCGAGCCCAGAAACUGCUUCACUACCUGGGGCAUGUUAUGGUGAACGGCCCGACUACUCCGAUACCUGUCAAGGCUAAGCCUUCUCCCAUCGAUCCGGUCAUCCCACCAGUACCCCUCGGUGAGCCACCAGUGGGUUUCAGGGAUGUGCUGCUGAGAGAGGGUCCAGAUGGUUUUGCGAAGGCGGUACGUGCCCACCAGGGUCUGCUGCUUAUGGACACUACGUUCAGAGACGCCCACCAGUCCCUCCUGGCCACUCGUGUACGCACUCACGACCUCAAACGGAUUGCACCUUUUGUGGCUCACAGCUUCAGUAACCUCUUCAGCGUGGAAAACUGGGGAGGCGCUACUUUUGACGUGGCAAUGCGUUUCCUAUGUGAGUGUCCCUGGAAAAGGCUUCAAGAGUUGAGGGCUCUGAUGCCAAAUGUGCCUUUUCAGAUGCUUCUGAGAGGUGCCAACGCCGUUGGAUACACCAACUACCCUGACAAUGCCGUCUUCAAGUUCUGUGAGGUGGCCAAAGAAAACGGUAUGGACAUCUUCCGUGUGUUUGACUCGUUGAACUAUCUUCCAAACAUGCUCUUGGGGAUGGAGGCAGCUGGUGCAGCAGGAGGAGUGGUGGAGGCGGCCAUCUCGUACACUGGCGAUGUUUCCGACCCCACGAGGCAGAAAUAUUCCUUAGACUACUAUCUCAAACUAGCAGAUGAACUGGUCAAGGCUGGAACACACAUCCUCUGUAUCAAGGACAUGGCGGGUCUCCUAAAGCCUGACUCUGGCCGUUUGCUGGUGGGAGCGUUGAGGGACCGUUUCCCAAACGUGCCGAUCCAUGUGCACACUCACGACACCGCAGGGGCCGGUGUGGCUGCCAUGCUGGCGUGUGCAGAGGCAGGAGCAGACAUUGUGGAUGUGGCGAAUACUGGCAUCUCUCUUGAGAAGGUAUUUGACUACAGUGAGUAUUGGGAGGUGACCCGAGGCCUUUAUGCUCCGUUUGACUGCACUGCCACCAUGAAGUCUGGGAAUGCUGAUGUCUAUGAGAACGAGAUCCCAGGUGGCCAGUACACCAAUCUCCACUUUCAAGCGCACAGUAUGGGGCUGGGGAACAAGUUUAAGGAGGUGAAGAAAGCCUACGUAGAAGCCAACAAGCUGCUCGGUGACCUCAUCAAAGUGACACCCUCCUCUAAGAUUGUGGGUGAUCUGGCACAGUUCAUGGUGCAGAACGCUCUGACUCGGGCAGAGGUGGAGGAGAGAGCGGAUGAGUUGUCUUUCCCCCUCUCUGUGGUGGAGUUCCUGCAAGGACACAUCGGCAUCCCCCAUGGAGGCUUCCCGGAGCCCUUCAGGUCAAAGGUUUUGAAGUCUCUUCCCCGUGUGGAAGGACGUCCUGGAGCCUCCCUGCCCCCCAUGGAUUUCCAGGUCUUGGAGAAGCAGCUGCGAGAUGCUCACGGUGAUGAAAUCACCCCGGAGGAUGUGAUGUCUGCAGCCAUGUACCCCAAAGUGUUCCAGGAGUUCAAAGAAUUCACCAGAACCUUUGGCCCUGUGGAUUGUCUGGACACUAGACUCUUCCUGGAUGGACCCAAGAUUGCUGAAGAGUUUGAGGUGGAGUUGGAGCGAGGCAAGACACUUCAUAUCAAGGCUUUGGCUCUAGGAGACCUUAAUAAAGCCGGUCAGAGAGAGGUGUUCUUCGAGCUCAAUGGUCAGCUGAGAUCUGUUCUGGUCAAAGACACUGUGGCCACGAAGGAGAUGCAUUUCCACCCCAAAGCCCUGAAGGACGUUCGUGGACAGAUUGGGGCUCCCAUGCCUGGUAAGGUGGUGGAGGUGAAAGUGAAGCAGGGCCAGCAGGUGGAGAAAGGACAACCACUCUGCGUCCUCAGUGCCAUGAAGAUGGAGACGGUGGUGAACUCGCCGCUCUCCGGCACCGUGGCCAAGAUCUAUGUGACCGCCGACAGCACUCUGGAAGGAGACGAUCUUAUUCUGGAGAUCACUGAAUAGAUAUCAUGAAGGCCAACAGCAGGGAACAACACAUCACCACUGCCAAUCCCUGCAAGGCUAAAAACACACACGCACACACACUCACUCAGUUACAUAUGGAAUCUAUCACUUUUUAGAAGCAGCACACAUUAAGGGAGGAAGGUUGAGCUUAUUUUUACAGAAUCUCAAAGAAUGACGGUUGAAUCUGAAAACAUUUUGAAAACUGACUUUAGUGUCAUAUGUGCUUUUGUGAUCACUUUUUAAUUUAUACGUGAUGAGGAUGUGAGCUAGUGUUAUGCUGUUUACAGAGAAAUGUUUGUCAGUCUUUAAUUAGUAUUAAUGAAUGUAGUCAAAACUAAAAUAUUUACACUUCAAAUAUAACAAGCAAUAAGUUAAAGACAGAAAGAGACUUAUUAGAUGCAUUACUAGUCACAUUAAAUAAUGCACACAGAUGUUUCAUCACUUUGGUCGUGAUCGUUUACAUAAACUGAAAGCACUAUGACUGGAAAUAUAAAAAAAAAAAAAAAUCAUGCACAAUCCUUCCCUCCCCUUACCCUUAAAAGUCUUAUGGCACAGAGUAUCUUACUUGAAUUACCAAGCGAAAUUCAAUUUAUUUCAAGACAAAUAGCCAUGUAACACAUACCCAAUGUUCUGACCAAUGGCCUAGCCUGCUUUGUUGCUGGGAAAAUAAGUGCAAGAAUGGAUCUGACCUCGUCUCCUGAGUCUUACACUUGAGUUGUGUAUCAUGUAAAGGUGGAGAAUAGUUACCCAGGUGGUUUGGGCUGAAGUGAGCUCCAUUGAGGCCAACGAGGAUCGAUGACUCUAUAUUCAAGAGCACUUAUAGACUCCGCAGCAGCUUCGGGGCACAUUGAGUUGGAACACAGGCUUUAGGGGAACGUCCUUUUCCCAGGGCGCGUCUCGUGCUUGUGUUCCAAUUCCUCUUUUAAUGUGAAUUUAUUUCACUGUCCCGUUACAUUCCCCUUAGCAGCAGAUGCCUCAUGGCUGCUGUAGUGACACCAAAUGGCUUUAUUCUCCAGCUUUCUCUAAUUUCCCUUGUUGAACACGAUUGAUGUAAUUGGUAAUAGAUAAUGAGAGGUUUUAUUCAACGGCAUUGGAGUAAUUGAAAGCACUCAGCCUGAAAAUCUACGAGAUGCACGGCUGUUGCGGCAAAAGAGGUCCAUUGGGGUGCGUCUGAAAUGGUUUUAACAGUCUUGACUUAAAGUAGACCAAUUCUUCAUGAGGACCAAUAGCCUGCAACGUGGAUAUUUUCUCAUCGUUCAUCAUAACAUCCCAAGGUGGAGACUACAGCGUGCUGUUUUAUCCGUGUGAAUCGUACAGGCCCAUAAAUGUGAUGAUCGUCCCUUCAAAUGGAUGUUGCCAUUAAAAUGGAGCUAAUGUUUUUUAGAUGUAGAUUUUAGAGCACAAACGUCCAACUCAUCACCACAAUCAUUUUUGAGAUUGUUCCUCUGUGUUAUUUGACAAAUACAUCUCAGUUUACACGAGCACAAAAGACUUUAUCGUGACGGGCACAAAACUAGGGGAUUUGUUGGGAGAAGGGAAGCUUCCUGUUGGCUUUUGGACUUUGGUUCCCAUAUCAAUAUGGGGCACUGGCAACAUCU